AUGACACAGCAUACAGAAUCUCCAACCCUGCGCCCGACAACGCCUCACUCGGACGAUGGGUCGCGGCCUCCUCAUCUGAGUCGAUCCUCGAGUUCUCUGUCCGGUCUACUCUCGCGCGGCGCCGAACGUGUGGGAGACGAAUGGAGCGAACCUCUUGUCCUACUUGAUGUGAUUGAGACUUUCUUUGACUCGCGUCUGGACCUCUGGGAACGCCGACUCAAAGAACAGUCGGCAAAGCUCCGCCGUCGUGCCGGCGAACUCAUUCCAAAGGGCCUGCGUACCCCCGGUGGCAAACACUUCGUUGUUUUGGACGACAGUGAGGACGAAGCCAACGACCCCGCACCAGGCGACAGCAAGAAGGAUGUCAGUCGCAAGGCUGAGGCUAAAGCCCGUCGUGCAGCGGCGCGGUACAAGGCCGACAUGGAGCGUGAAAUGUCGCGCAUGAAGGUCAAGCUCGCCGAUCGGCUCACAAAGCUAAGCGAGACAUGGCGGUCGGCUCAGAUUGUUCGUACCCGUGAGAAGAUCUCCUUCCUGUUUGGCGUCAGCACGCUCGCUGCCACAUGUCUCAUGUGGGGCCUCGUACCCGAGUGGAUCCCAUUCGCCUACACUGUCCAGUGCGGUUUCUACCUUCCGGUCCGCGUGUACACUUACAAGCGCAAGGCGUGGCACUACUUCCUCUUUGGUACCAUGUGUUACUUUGUCAACAUGCUGGACCUCCUCUGGCUGUGGUUCACUCCCGAGUCGACCACCCUUUUCAUCUGCUGCUACUUGCUCACCAUGGGCCCGCUCGCGAGUGCCAUUAUCACGUGGCGUAACUCGAUGGUCUUUCACUCGCUCGACAAGGUCACCAGCCUCUUCAUUCAUAUUUACCCCCCGAUCGUCUUCAAUAUCAUACUUUUCCGCUACGACAACGCUGUUGCUCGCUAUCCUGGCAUCGCACACCUAGGCGAGUACGCGUGGUACACGAAGAUUACAAUGGCGAUAGUGCCGUACUGCAUCUGGCAGGCAGCCUAUUUCAAGUUCAUCUCUGUCGACCGCAAAGAGAAGAUUGAAAGCGGCAAGCGCCAGAACAGUUUCCACUACCUCGUCAACGAUAAACGCGGUGCCAUCGGCCACGCCCUCCGCGGUAUUCGCCCCGAGCACCGUGAACAGUGGUUCAUAUUCGCUCAGCUCAUCUACACCAUCCUGUUCAUGAUCCCAGCCGCGACUUUGUUCAUCCACAGCGCCAUUGCCACGUAUAUUGCGCUCAGCACCGUCUUCGUCGUCUCGGUGUGGAACGGAGCAUCCUUCUACGUGGAGGUGUUUGGACGCAAGUUUGAGCGCGAGCUGGAGAAACUACGCAAAGAGAUGGAAGCUAUGUCAACUGGCGCGACGCCUUCGGCUUCCACACCAUCCACGCCUUAUGUCGACCAUAUUGCGGACGACAUCAUUACGAACGAGGCGGACGACACGCUCAAUUCGUCUCCGUUGGUCCUCCCCAACGCCAGUAUGAGCGGCAGCGAGGUACCCGCGAUGGAACUGUCUGGUGGUUUGCCGGACACCUCUAAUGUCGUCCUCGACACAUCGCCCAUCCUGCGCGCAUCCGGCGUGACUUUGGGAAAACCCAAGACCGAGUAA